AUGGCCGCGGCUGGCGAAUUCGACGCUGAGGGGUUUUCAACCAAUCUCUUCAGUGAUCUGGCCCCCCUUCUUGCUCUCUUCGGAGAAGAAAUCGUUGCACAGUUUUUCAGUAUGAGCAUGGGCUGGGCAGAUAAUUUUCUUCUGGCCAUGGGUCCCGUUGGAAUCAUCACAAUCGUUCUGAGCGCAAUUCGUAUCGGCGGCUGUCGGUGUCUAAAACGUCUUGUUGGGCGGGGACGAGAAACUCGGGCGGUUGCUGAACGAGAUCUUCUGUCGUCAACAUCCCCAAAUGUGUGCGAACUAUAUAACGGCCAGCAGAUUGUACGUUUGAUUGGAGAACCCAAAGGAGUGAUAACUUGUGUUAUCUCACGCGACGGCACCAUCGAUACUCUCCCUAAGGCUUACAAAGAACGAAUGAUCGAAAACGAAGGGAAUAGAUUCCGUGAAGAAACCCUCGAGGAAGAUGAAAGCUACAUCGCACUGAGUCUACCCACGAACCUGACACUGAACACCCAGUCCGCGCCUCCCAAAAAAUCAGAAAUGUGGUCCUUGGCAGUCAUCGGGAUGAUUCUGCAAGCGGCAGCGACUGUUUACCCUGGACUGGCGACAUAUUAUUUCAAGUGGAGCAAAGGUGGUCUGCCUAUAGUCGAAUAUGGUUACCCGUGCUUUGCUGCGGGCACUGUAUGCUUGACGAUAGGUGUGAUAUUAUGUGGUCACGUCAUUGAGGGCGCCACGCAGGAGAUUGAAUUCGCUCUUUCAAAAGAUUCGAAGAACGCAGGCCGGAGAAUUCUAUGCCUGCAGGAGGCUUCAACCAUCGGCGACCAAAACAUCCCAUCGUGUGCGAUAUUUCUUGCCGAGGGUGAUGGAAUACUAAGAACCUCGCGAAGAGGUGAUUCGAAGCAUGGACCUGCCCGGUAUGAGACAUCCUGA